CAGGCCCGAACGAGCCGCCCGGGCUCGCGCCUGCCACUGAGAACCCCGGCCUGCGGGGGCGGGGUGUCCUGGGCACCCGGGAUUGGUGUGUCAGCAGCCUUCUCCCGUCGUGCACCGGGGCACCGGCCGCUCACCCGGAAGGAGAAGCCCAGGCUCUGACUACACGGUGGGGCGCUGGCGGUGUCUCCGUGGGCAGUGGGCGCUGCUCUUAGGAGCCAGCCUGGAUCGUUUGUUGGCAGUACAUAUUGGCUGAAGUCAGUUUUCAUUUCAAGGUGUUUCCUUCCAAUGGGCUUUUGGUGUAGGAUGUUGGAGAACCAAGAGCAGGAGGAGGUGAUCACUGUGCGUGUUCAGGACCCCCGUGUGCAGAAUGAGGGCUCCUGGAAUUCAUAUGUGGAUUAUAAGAUAUUUCUUCACACCAACAGCAAGGCCUUUACUGCCAAGACGUCCUGUGUGCGUCGCCGCUACCGGGAGUUCGUGUGGCUGAGAAAGCAGCUGCAGAGAAAUGCUGGUUUAGUGCCUGUACCAGAACUUCCUGGGAAGUCAACCUUCUUUGGCAGCUCAGAUGAGUUCAUUGAGAAGCGGCGACAAGGUCUGCAGCACUUCCUUGAAAAAGUCCUGCAGAGUGUGGUCCUCCUGUCAGACAGCCAGUUACACCUCUUCCUGCAAAGCCAGCUCUCGGUGCCUGAGAUAGAAGCCUGUGUCCAGGGCCGAAGCCCCAUGUCCGUUUCAGAUGCCAUUCUUCACUAUGCUAUGUCAAACUGUGGCUGGGCCCAGGAAGAGAGGCGGGGCUCUUCUCACCUGGCUAAAGGAGACCCGCCUAAGAGUUGCUGCUUUCUUCCAAGAUCAGGCAGGAGGAGCUCUUCCUCACCGCCUCCCGGGGAAGAAAAGGACCACUUUGAGGUGUGGACUCCUGUUGUUGACUCUGAGGCGCCUUCCUUGGAGAGCCACCCGCUCCCGCCGCCCUCCUCCCCGUCAUGCUGUGGUUUUGCAAGACCUGAUGAGGGAAUCUCUGCUCCUCAGCCUGUGAGGAGGGCCGUGGGAGGCGACCAUGCUGUGCCUUUGGACCCUGGUCAGUUGGAAAUAGCUUUAGAAAAGUGAGCUCUGGUCGGAGCGCUGGGUUGUGCUCUGAGGCGGACGAAGAAGAUACGGGCAGGGAGACUUGCUCAAGUGGGGCCGGGCACAGGCCGGUGGUGGGGAGGCUGGGCUGCUUCGUGUCUUCCCGUUGCCUCUGCUCGGGAUUGGGUGCGUGGAGGGCGGUCACAACAACUCCUCAAGCUUCCUGCAUAGGAAUAGACACUGUGCAGAUGCUUGUAAGUUAAGCACAAGGCCCAGGGGUUGUUGGUUUUGAACUGAACUCCAUAUUUACUCUCCUGGAGCUGAAUUUCUUUAGAGGUUUGUUAAUGGGCCCAGGAGCACUGUCUCAGGUGACCGGUUUUGGGGAUCUGUAGGUGGCAGGUUUUAAGCUGCCGUAUUGAAUAUUGUUCCACCAGGAAUGCUUGUGCACUGUAUUCCCACUGGCUCUGUUUUUGCUGCAGCCCCUGGAGCACUUUGUUUCUGGGAGGCUGGCCCCUUGCCUACCUCCUUGCAUGGACAGGGGGGUGAAUAUUUAUUCUCCCACCUCCUUGCUUUCCCUCCACUAACACCACUGAACGGAACGGUGCUGUGAGGCCUGUCGCUGGGGUUUCCUGUGCAUCCCAAGACCUCAGCCUGGCUGUGUGGGGCCUGAGACCCAUGAAAUAGCUCAAGGCCAUCCAUGAAAGACAAGGGGCCAGAGGAGAGGGAACGGCCCAGGGGGCUUUGUUUUGGAAAGGCUGCCCUGGGCUGUCACUGUCUCUCUGGUUAUAAAGCAGAGACGUGACUGUCUUCUCUGCAGGGUUAGCGUGGGCUCCUUUCUUUUUCGGAUCCUUUUCUUCUCCCUUAGUAACAGCUCCCUGCCCCCAGGGCUUCAGCCACCACAGUGUCCCUCUGCUGUGAUGUAGGGAGGCCGUAUGUUCAAUCCAGUGGCGUGCAGGGGCUUUGUUUCUGCCUGGAGAGAGGGCUCUGGGGAUGGAGAUGAGGAACAACACGCCUGCCUUCAGACAAUGAGGCAUUCUGCCCUCCUGCUGCCGUAAUUCUCUCCACCGAGAGCCAGAGCCGCGAGGAGGUGAGUGCCGCUGGCAUUCUGCCUCGCUCUGCACUUGGGUUUGCGUGUGUGGUUCUUCUUCUCGCCCGCUCCUCCCUCUGGCCAUCCCACCCUGUCCCCGGGCUCUUUUACUACCAGCCUAUGCUGUGGGACUGUCAUGGCAUUUAGUUCAGAGUUGAGGGGCUUUGGCCUGAAAUAAAAUUCAAGUGUUUAAGACUGUUGUGGCAAUUGGUGUCUAACAAGCUGUAGCAGUGGAGGAGGGAGUGAGGGCUUCCAUAAAUCAUGAGUUUAUCAGCGUGGAAAUAAUGGUUCAGAACCGUGCGUGGCAGCUCUCCUGCAUUGUGUGUGCAGCUCAAGUUCACCAUUGGAGGAAGAAUUGCCUUCCAAAGAGCUAGGAUCCAGCUCUUCUCACAGUUCUGGGCACGAACCUUGUUAGGUAUAAUUUACCUGAUGCCGCUUCCAUCCUCGCAGCCUGUCUGCGGUGCCAGGUGCUGAAAGAGAAAUAAAGUUUGUCAACAGGCA